CACGCUCGGUUUGCUCUUUCCCUCCCUCUUUCUCUCUUCACCACCAACUCAACCCACUGCCUCUUCCCCCUCCGUUGCGCACCUCCAGAAGCCACUGCAGUGAGCCCGUCAUCCGUCGACUGAAACACCGACAACCAAAUCCCAUCGACUGGCCAUUACGAUCGUCGACUCCGGUCCGAAAAACGCCCUUCCACAACCGCGCGGAGUCCACCAGACCCAGCUGAUUCCGUGAGUUUCUGCACAAGGCGAAGACGACCCGACCGACAAAAUGGGAAACGAGGCGAGUUAUCCCUUGGAGAUGUGCUCACACUUUGAUGCUGAUGAGAUUAAAAGACUAGGAAAGAGGUUUAAGAAACUUGACCUGGAUAACUCGGGGUCUCUCAGCGUGGAGGAGUUCAUGUCUCUACCGGAGUUGCAGCAGAACCCGUUGGUCCAACGAGUCAUCGAUAUAUUCGACACGGAUGGAAACGGGGAAGUAGACUUUAAAGAGUUCAUCGAGGGCGUCUCGCAGUUCAGCGUCAAGGGCGACAAAGAGCAGAAGCUUCGCUUUGCGUUCAGGAUUUAUGACAUGGAUAAGGACGGUUACAUAUCCAACGGAGAGCUGUUCCAAGUGCUAAAGAUGAUGGUGGGGAACAACCUGAAGGACACUCAGCUGCAGCAGAUCGUCGAUAAAACCAUCAUCAAUGCAGACAAGGAUGGAGAUGGGAGGAUAUCCUUCGAGGAAUUCUGUGCUGUUGUUGGCGGCUUAGACAUUCACAAAAAGAUGGUGGUGGACGUGUGAGGAGACAGAAGGCCAUCUUCACUGAACAUCCUCAUUCACUUCUCCAUUUCUGAGAAUCAGCUCCGCUAACACGCUUUCUCUCUCUGUCUCUCUCUCUCUCUUUCAAUGGAAGUAUUUCUCUGAAUGAUGCCUCUGUUCCCUGUCUAUACUCCCUGAGCCUUGUAACGCCUGCCAUUCUAAGUGUUAUAGAGCAUGAGAUUCUUCUGUCCAAAUUCUCGGGUAUUUAAGGACAGUUAGAGAGAUGACUUCUCUGUCCAUCACCGAGCGAUUCAGUUUGGUGGAGAAGGAAGAGAGGAGGGUGUGUAUGUGUGUGUGUGUGCGUAUGCGUUAUCAUGUGUGUGAUUGUGUAUGUAAGUGUACAUUUGUUUUUGUUUCAGUUAGGAGGGAUUUUUUUGUAUUUAUUUUGGUCCUGUCUUUUUUUAAGAUGAUCUACAGGUAAAUGUGUAUAUGACCUGACACACUUGAUCUCAGUGCAACACGCUUCAAGCAUGAAGUGCCAAUCACGACGUGUAUGUGAGAUUUAACAAAAGCUGAAUAUUUAAAUGGCUGAUUUAUAUUGAAAAAUACACAUCAACACAAGUCUAUUAAAAGGCUUUUUCCACAUGUUUUACGCAAACAUUAUUUUGAUUUGCUUCAUAUGUCUUGGAAAAUGCAAAUUUCACAUUUUCUAUGGAGAAUGGUGUGUAUGUAUGUACAAGUGUGAUGUUAAUAUUGUCAGGGAGUUCAAUUGAAGUCUUUUGCUUUCUGAUAUAUUAGACUAGAAAAAGAGCAAAUAUAUUCAAAGUCGUGCACAUAUAUGGUUUACUUUUAAGAUGGGUGUGUUAUUGUUCGUGUAGGGGGGUAUCAAAUCACACCACGUUACUAUAGGAUGGAUCGGUGCCAUCGGUCAAUUUCUCAACUUUUAUUACAUUUUAACACAGCGAGGAAAUAAUAUUAUUUUACCUCUUAACCUUAAAGUCACAUCACAAUAACACCCGGUUUGAAAAUCUACUGCGGGCAGCAUUGUAAAGAUCUUAGUAGCUCAUAUUUGUAUAUUAGGGAUUGAUGGACAGAUUGUGUGUUUUGUGGGUUCGGGUGUUUUUUUAAGCUUUAAUCGAGCAUGUCAUCGACACGUCAUCGACACGUCAUCGACAAGUGAUCACAAAGUAGGCAAAACGAGGUUUAAAAUACCUGAGCGUCCAGAGUCUCUUUUCCCUUCAUCAUUUCAAAGGUUGAUUCAAACUGUGUGUGUGAUUUGAUCGUUUCAUAAAAGGGAGACCAAACUAAACGCCGUCGACAUGAAUUAAUAAACUUCGCGGCGUUUUGCCACGCGCGCUAUUUGCUUUACGUGUGAUUCUUCCCGCGCGAUCGGGUGUUUGGCGCCAACUGCUGCACGGUGACGCUCUUUAAUGUCUUUCCCAAAGACCCUCGUGGUCUUGUGAUGUGCUUGCAUGAUACAGGAGGGUUUUCGCCCUCUUUUUUUUCUGUUGUGCAUGGAGGUUUUCGGGGAAAGAGAUUAUCUUGUUUACAUAUGAAUCGUACUAUUGAGAUAUUAUAUAAUCUGAAUGACAGUUACAUACAUAUAUAUGGACGUUGCCAAACCUUUUGGUAAAUGCUUAAACAUGGAAAUGAUUUUAAAGCGAGUUUCUUCACUACAUUUAUCAAUUAUUAUUAUUAUUAUUAUUAUAAUGAAAGAAAAAUAAUAAAAAUAAAUGUGUGGGUUAUUCUUGGAUUGGUGUCGGUCACUCCCAGCGAAGCUCAGUUUUUUCCUCUGAUUAAUCUGAUAAUGUUAAAAAGAGGGAGUUUGUUUUUUUAUUAUUUUCUCUUUCAUUUCCCUGUUUGAUUUAAUGAUUUUGUACAGGAUAAUGUGUUAGUGCUCUCUGUUUUGUAUUGCUUUAGCUGGGCAGUCAGACAGCCAUCUAACUUAGGUGUGGUGUCGAUGGGAGAGCGUGUUGGGAAGUGAAAACGUUUCGCUUUUAUGUUUUUGUUUCUUUCUUCGUUUCUCUGCAUGCUGCGUUAUAUGCUGUGGGAUUCAUUGAAAUGUCAUUCAUGAAAAUGAGAAAUAAAUAAUAUUUGAGACUUGUAAAA